CACAAGUUCUUAGAAACCUCAAUUAUUAUUAAUGCUUUGUCUAGUUUUCAUCUUGUGUGUUUUGUUGUGUGGCCGUUAUUUGCAAGAGAAUGGCUUCGUGUGCCAUCUCUAACACAAUUCAUCAGACUGUAACCUUCAAGACGUCGAAGAGAGUAAGUCCUUACAACGGUCUAUUCGGUUGGAACUCCGACAAGAAAGCAGACAAUGUCCGGCUGCCGCAACAACCGUCCUACCACGAGGACGAACAUAUUCCUUUCUCUCUUUCGUUGGUAAACAAAACUUUCCUAAAGGGAAGAGAGCUAAAAUGUUGCUACAAGGCAAGCAUUGAUGGGUUUAGUGCAACAAAGUUCCAUGAGCGUUGUGAUUUCAAAGGUCCAUGUGUAAUCAUAGCUUACACUAAAGACAUGGCUUUCAAGUUUGGUGGAUUUAGCCCAGAAGGUUAUAAAAGUACCGAUGAUUAUUACGAUACAUUUGAUGCUUUCCUCUUCUAUUGGCUCGACGAUUGUGAUGACCCAGUAGUCCUUCCAAAGGUUGGAGGAAGUGGAGCUGCUUUAUUUGACUAUGCACGCGGAGGGCCUCAAUUUGGAGCUGACGGGCUUCUUAUAGGACCGCCUUUAGCUCCAGUGAUGGGCGGAUUUGCGGGUCCGGAUACUAACUCGGGUGUUGGUGAUUUGAGGAUGGCUAAAUCAAGAUUGGGUUUGUCAUAUGCCAAGAGGAAAGAUGGGAAAGAAUCUAUCUUUGGAGAUGAAAAUAAGGUUAGUCUUGAUGAUGUAUUGGUCUUUUGUAGCCCCUAUAUUGCUUCUUUGUAUUAAAUUACAAAACCAAUCUCAACAAAUUCACCAAUAAAAAGUAUCCAAGAAUCAUUUUUAUUUAUGUAAUUAUACAACAUUGGUAAUA